UCGGCAACUCUGACCUGGAAACCACCACCAUCACCUGCGCCAACUAUGCACCUAUUGCAUUCUACACCCUCGCGGGUGCAGUUUUCGCGAUUUUUCGUCGUGCCUCAUUAGCCUACUUAUCACUGUUGCCUGGGAAAAUUUUUGUUUUUAUAUGAUUACUCGUUAGCGAGACUGAAAUGAACACGAUCGGAGCUGAUGCUGGUGUCGUCGUCGGAUUAGCGGUGCUCUUCUCCGGGCUGCUUUUCGGCACUGGUGGGGCCAUUGAUUGCUUCAAGUGCGUGUCGAUCGGCGGCAGCAACGAGGCCUGCGACGAUCCGUUCCAGAACAAUGGCAGCGUCCACAUGCUGGAAUCGCCUUGUCUUGGUGGUCGCAAGGGCCGCGUCGGCCUGUUCCCCGCCACUGCGUGCAUCAAACUCGCCGGUGUCUACGCGGAUACCGGAGUCUCGCUGACGGUGCGAGCCUGUGCUCUGGACAGCGGUACCCUGACCACGGACACCGAGUUGAUACGCAUGUCGAAUUGCGGCGCGUUUUAUUUCGAAAACAGAUACCUGCGCGGCUGCGUGCAGUCCUGCAGUGACGCGGACGCCUGCAAUCGGGGGUCCACUCGUCCGUCGGCUUUGGCGUUCCGAGUGCUUGGGUGUCUCUUGCUGGGGUCGCUCUUGUCGGGCAUCUGCAUGUGCCUUGGUUGACAGAAAUUGGCUCUUAAUUUGUCGUUACAUUUGAAAAAAUUACCAGAUUUGUUGAUUUUUAAUUGGUAAUGUAUCGAAUAAAGGUUUUAUUAUGGUUUUUAA